AUGUCGAUGGCUCCUCCGCGCAAAGGCGAGAACUGGGAGCUGCGCCAGCAACUCAACUCCGAGUACCGCGACAAGAGAGCAGACGCCAUCAAGCGCGUAAUCGCAAACCACACCAUCGGCAAGGACUGCAGCGGCCUCUUCCCAGAUGUCGUCAAGAACAUGCAAACGGACGACCUCGAGCAAAAGAAGCUCGUGUAUCUGUAUCUUAUGAACUAUGCAAAGACCCAGCCCGAGCUCGUCAUCCUUGCUGUCAACACUUUUGUCAAGGACACGGCCGACCCCAACCCUCUCGUCCGAGCCCUGGCCAUCCGAACCAUGUCUGUCCUCCGAGCCGAAAAGAUCCUGGACUAUCUCGCGUCUCCCCUCUCUCGGUGUCUGAAGGACGAGAAUCCCUACGUCAGGAAGACGGCGGCGCUGUGUGUAGCAAAGGUCUUUGAUCUGAAGCCGGAGCUCUGCGUCGAAUAUGGUUUCAUCGAGACGCUGAGAGACCUGAUCGGAGAUGGUAACCCUAUGGUUGUCGCCAAUGCUGUUGCGGCCCUUGGUGAUAUCCACGAAGCCUCCCUCAGUCUUCCCCAGACACCUCCUUCCAACGACGACGAAGACGAUGCUCCGUCUCGACCCAACCAAUCACUCUUCAUCAUCGACUCUACAACUCUGACCAAACUCCUCGUCGCAUUGAACGAGUGCUCAGAAUGGGGACGGAUCGCCAUAUUGACUACGUUGGCGAGGUACAAGACGAGUGACGAAAAGGAGAGCGAGCAUAUAUGCGAAAGGGUGAUGCCGCAGUUCCAGCACGUGAACGCGGCGGUGGUGCUGGGUGCUGUCAAGGUCAUCAUGAUCCACAUGAAGAAUGUCACUAGGCAGGAACUCAUCCAGUCGCUCAUAAAGAAGAUGGCUCCCCCGCUAGUGACCCUCAUCUCAUCACCGCCCGAGGUGCAAUGGGUAGCUCUCCGAAACAUCAACCUUCUCCUCCAGAAACGUCCCGACAUUCUCGCCAACGAAAUGCGCGUCUUUUUCUGCAAAUAUAACGAUCCCUCUUAUGUCAAAGUCGAAAAGCUCGAGAUUAUGGUCCGCCUCGCUAGCGAGAAGAAUGUGGAUACGUUGCUGGGCGAGCUGAAGGAGUAUGCGUCGGAGGUUGAUGUAGACUUUGUGAGAAAGGCGGUUAGGGCCGUGGGUCAGGUGGCUAUCAAGAUUGAUGAGGCGGCUGGACGGUGUGUGGGGGUAUUGAUGGAGUUGAUUGAGACCAGGGUCAGCUAUGUGGUACAGGAGGCUGUGAUUGUCAUGAAGGACAUUUUCCGAAAAUAUCCUCACUCGUACGAGGGCAUCAUCCCUGCCCUCUGCGCCAACCUCGAAGAACUGGACGAGCCAGAAGCAAAAGCCUCUCUUAUCUGGAUUAUCGGCGAGUACGCCGAGAAGAUUGAGAAUGCCGACGAGCUCCUCGGUGCUUUCCUCGAGACCUUUAGGGAAGAGAGCUAUCCUGUCCAGCUCCAAACGCUUACCGCGAUUGUCAAGCUGUUCUUGAAGAAGCCGGAUGAAAGCCAAGCGAUCGUGCAAAAGGUGUUGCAGGCGGCUACCACAGACUGCGACAGCCCGGAUGUGAGAGAUAGGGCGUACAUUUAUUGGAGAUUAUUGUCUUCAGACCCGGCUGCUGCCAAGUCUGUUGUGCUCUCGGUCAGACCACCUAUAUCUCUGCCCCAGACGACUGUUGCACCUGCCAUUCUGGAAGACCUUCUCCAUGAAAUCUCGACGCUUGCCAGUGUAUAUCACAAGCCUGCUGCUACAUUCAUCGGCAAGGGUCGCCUAGGUGCGGAUGAUGUGGCGAGGAGGAAUCUUGACGCCGAGGACGAUGCCUCGAGAGAAAAGGCUCUCCAAACAGUCGUCGCCGGCCAACAAGCCGAAAACUUGCUCGACUUUGACGAUGAUCCCGCUCCUUCCAACGGUCCAUCCAACGACCUUUCCGGCCUUGCCUCGCUCUCUUCGCCUCCUCCCUCUGGCGGCAUCUCGAAUCAACAAAUCGCCUCUGCCGCAAAGAGCACCAACCCCCUGGACGAGCUCAUGGACUUGUUCUCGACCGCGGGUAUGAGCGCACCGGCGGUACAGCCUGGGCAGCCUGCAUUGACGCCGCAGCAGAGUGGAGGUGGGCUGAGUGGGCUGGAAGGGAUGGCGAGUCCGCCGGCGGCGACUCCUCAACCGCAGCAGCAGUCGGCGCAAGGAGGGCAAGAUGAUCUGUUGGGUUUAUUCUAG